AUGUUCUGUGUUGGUUGCAUUUUUCGACUUACAAUCAUCUCUUCCAAUCGUUCUGCUAACCGCACACAGACCGCUCUGGACGACCUCGCCAGAACGGCUGAGCGUCUGAGCAGAGCCGAGCUGUACUUCGAACUCUGUCUGGCAGACAACCAAUCAGCAGCCCCUUUGAUGGCCAAUUCUGUAGCAUCAAUCACUGCCACCGACAGUGCGGCAGAGAUACCGGUUCUGAGGUGUGAAGAGGAGAUGACAAAGUCGACGCAUAGGCGCGCAGUCGGUCUUGUUCGAGUCGGUUGUCGCAGGGUCGUGGUACAGUUGGCGAAACGAGUGGCAGAAACAUUCACCGUUCUGAGGCUCCGACUCAUCCAAGCCGUUGAGACACGAGUCGACCUGUUUUUGCAGCAACUGAAACUUUUGAUGCAGGUAAUUUCGUCGCUCUUCUUUUUAAUAAAUUCUCUACUGAUUGUGCUCAUGAGUGAGAGAUCAACCCUCAGAAGCGAUCCAAAUGCCUUUAGGCCAGCCCGGUCUUAUAGUUUCGAAGCCUACUUACAGCGAAUUUAA